AUGGGUAUCCCGAAUCACAACCUCGACGACCUCGAGCAGCGGCGACUCGCGCUCGAAGACAAUAUCUCCGAACUCCAAAAGUCCCUUUACCACUGGCGAACCUGGGAGGCAGAAUACGAUGGCCUUCGAGAGGAAAUCAACGAGCUGAACGAUGAUGCCACAUCCGAUGACUUUCUCGCCGUUGCGCGCCAAUACGAAGGAUCGUUGGUGAACGAGAAGGAAAUCCAGACCAUCCUUCGAACCGAAGCAGGCGUCACGCGAUCCCGUACCCAAGUUGUCGACCUUCUCGGCAGACGGAUCGAUUACGUGAAGCAGAAUGCCGCGACAAUUGAGAAGAGGCUUCGAAAAGUUGAGGAUGAGUUGUACACAUUGGACUCGAACGACCAGCUUCCUGUGGAUAUCUCUGGCGAUCAAGGAUUUCCCAUGAGUGAAAUUGUGGAAGAGCUUGACGAGGAAGGAAAUGUGAUUUCCAGCUCAGUUAACACUCCCGGAGAUCACGCACCCGCCCUCCUAGAAGCCCUGAAGAAAGCUGGUGUUGAUGAUAUCCCGGACGCCUCUCAGCAAAGCGAGAGCACUGCUGGACCUAGCUCAGCUACCCGAGAAGAGAAGGCAGAUGCGGCGGAGGAGGAUCAGACCAAAGAGCAGUCUGAGGUGAUCUCAAAUGGACACGUCUCCUCCUCGAACCGAAACGAUGUAUCCCAGGAAGACGAGCUGGACCUGUCGAAACCAGUGUCGCUUGUCACGCCAGAGGAUCGUGCACAAUCCCCAGUUACCGAUAUCGACGAACCCGCCGACGAGGCAACACUCCGACGAGAAAUGCUGGAAUACGGCAUCCACGAAGUUGGCGCAAUCGUUGCAGAGCUGGAGCUGGAUGAGGAUGGCAGCGAAUUCUCUAUUUCAGACGAUGAGUACGACAUGGGCACUGAAGACGAGGAUGAAGACGAAUAUGGCCGGUCACACCUCGAGUUGUCCGAGGAAUACCACCGACAAAUGCGGGAGUUGGAAGCCAAACUUAACGCGAGAGGCAUGACCAAUCUGGGCAAGGACACUCAGACUUUCCCUGAGGAAGUUCGACUGGAGAUUGAAAACUCUGCCACGGAACCUGCUCAAGAGAAUGCAAAGAUUGAUAGCUCUGAGAAGGGCAAGAAACCGAAAAAGAAGGUCGCUUUUGCGGAUGAUUUGGAUAUCGCGCCAGCAUCCAAGCCCGCUGUAGUUGACAAGAAGCCUCCUGCGCCAAAGCCUCAGGCAACCGUCCAGGUCCUCUCCGAUGCUAUCGUUGAGCGUACAGAGCAGCCAAAGGAGUCUAAACCAGCACCAUCCAAUGGGCCCAAGAAGGCCUCUCGCUUCAAGAGCGCUCGCAUAGUUGAUCCUGCGGCUACCACUUUCGAAUCACCCGCCAAACCAGCAUCUUCCCAAUUGCCCCCUCAGAUUUCCGGAACCCAGACCUCCCGGAAGCAAACCAACGGCCUCCCAUCAGCAACGCCCCCUGGUUUGUUCCCUGCUACCCCUCAUGAGCCAAAGCCCUUCUCCACGCCAAUCAUGGACAUUCCUGUUGGACCAUCAGCUCCCACACCUCCAGAGGGCAAGACCCUAGCCGACAAGCUGGUCGAGCGAGAUAUUGCUCCUGGAUCCAUCACGGCUCCUGAACCAGACGAGUUGAACGAAGAGAUCCACCGCCGCGAGAUUGCUUCUGAGUUUUACAGAAUGCGGAAUAGCAAGAUCCAACAGCAGGGUGGCUUCGUCAAUGAGGAAGAGCCGGAGUUUGUCCCUGUUGAGGAGCCGGCUCAACGCGUGAGCCGGUUCAAGGCUGCACGGCUGCGACCUUAG